AUGUCUUCCGUAUCCUCCUUCACGGUGACAAUCACCAGUGCCGCCGAUGACCAGGAAGCAACGUACCUCUCUCGCGCACGCCUGCUGCACCAAACUCGCAUCGGCAUAGCCCUCAUGCUUCUGGGCGCAUCAGCCGGUGUCGUGGGUGCCGAAGGCGCGCCUCUGCACUACUACAACGAGACCAAGGGUUACUCGAGUAUGUUCCUACCGCUUUGGCCUCUGAAUCUGGACGUUCGUCAGACGAACGCUCUGUUGGCCUGUGGUGCGGUCAUUUUGUUUCAGGCGAUUGUGUAUAUUGGUGUUGCUGUGUUUCCUUCGCCCCGUCCUCGCCUCCGCCUCCUCAACCACCUUUCCUCCGCCGUCGGUGCCACAGGCCUCCUCACCGCCAUCGUCGGCGUAGCAUUCUCCAUCUACCUCCCCUCAGCCUCCUACCCCGACGGCUUCACCGUCAGUGAAACAAUCCACAGCUGGACCUGCAAAUGGAAAUCCGCCGGCAGCCUCAGCAGCAACGACUCAAUAACUGCACCGGCCAACUUCUCGCGUAUCUGUUCCGAGUCGCGCGCCGGGUUUGUAUUGUUGGGACUGUUGAUUGGACUCGAGGUUGUCAUGUGUGCUGCCGCGGCGGCUGGGUACGUGCUCGAGAUGACCGUGUCCAAGCAGCGGAAGGCAUCCAAUGGCAAUGCGGAGUCGGGUGACUUUGUUAUGGAGACAAAGCAGUAA